AUGUCCAAACAGGAUGAUCUGGCCUAUGGUGGUUACUACGAUGGUGCGGAACGUGGGUCCGGAGAAGGAUCCCGCGGUCUAGGCGAUACCUUCAAGAAGCUCCGCGAUACGUACAAGAGCCACGGGUCUUCACAUGGCCAGGCUAACCAGACAUACAACCCAAGUGGUUAUCAAGGCCAGAGUUACCCAACCCAGACCGAACCACAAUACGGAUAUGAUCAGAGCCAAAAUACAAGUGGACAGCACCAAAAUCCUGACUAUUAUGGAAAACCUCCGAAGGAAGACAAACUGGCUGGUUUCUUGGGGAAACUUCAAGGUACUGUGACCGAGCUUGGUUCCGAAUUCGCCCAAAAGAUCGGUACCACUAUCGACCCACAGGCAUAUGCCGAGUAUGGUCCCAGCAAACCCAACGCAGAGCAUCGAUUUGGUAGCUUCGCCCCUCCCCGAGAACAUAAUGAUGUCAAGUGGCAUGUGGAUGGAUGUAGCUAUUUCUGGGCUGUGUCACGAGCUCUCGAAAAUGCCCGAGAGUCGAUUUGGAUCCUGGACUGGUGGUUAUCUCCCGAACUUUAUUUGAGACGGCCGCCGGCCAAGAAUGAACAGUACCGAUUGGAUCGCAUGCUGCAAGCUGCAGCCCAGCGGGGCGUGCGUGUCAAUAUCAUUGUUUAUAAGGAGGUUACGCAGGCACUAACUCUGUCUUCUUCUCACACAAAACAUGCCUUAGAAAAUUUGCACCCCAAUAUCGCUGUCUUCCGUCACCCUGACCAUCUGCCUGACCGCCAAGGGCUGGCAGCUUCCAUUGCGUCGUCUUUCCAGAAUAUGACACUCGACUCAGCAAGUUUGGGUAAGAUGUCGAAGGAUACACUGAUGGGACUGUACGGAAUGAACGAUGAUGUCAUUCUGUAUUGGGCUCAUCACGAGAAGCUUUGCGUGAUCGAUGGUCGGACUGCAUUCAUGGGUGGUUUGGACAUGUGCUUCGGCCGCUGGGACACAAAUCAACAUGAGCUCUCGGACCUACGUCCCUCCGAUGUCAACCAAACCGUCUUCCCUGGCCAGGACUACAACAAUUCUCGCGUCCUUGAUUUCCAAGAUGUGGUUCACUGGGAGAAUAACCAGCUGGACAGAAAGACCAUGUCUCGGAUGGGAUGGUCUGAUAUAUCCGUGAGCCUGCACGGUGCAGCCGUAGAAGAUUUGCGGCGUCACUUUGUUGAACGGUGGAACUUCAUCUACGAUUUGAAAUACAAGGUUCGUAGCGAUUCUAGGUACGCUAGAUUGGCACUCCAUGGAAGGCCCGCUUCGUUCACUGGCCAACAGCAGGCUGGUUCUCCACAGCCCAACUUGUACCCCUCGGGACAGUCAAGCCCACAGGGACAGACAUCUGCGCCAUCCUGGCAGCAGAAGCCUAGUGGAGCCACAUCUCCUGCAUUCCCACCGCCACCAGGUCAGACGUCGAAUUCGUACCAAGCGUCCCAGUCCCAGCCUCAGCAUCAGCAAUCUGCCGGGGCAUAUCAGCCCUACAACAGUGCUAGCACUUCAAAUUAUCAGCCACCACCGGCUCAGAGUUCUUCAAACCAACACCAGUAUCAACCCGAAAAUGCUCCAACCUAUCCCCCGCCGCCAGGCCAAAGCCCUCUAGGCCAUCAGCCUCAAUCUGCCCAGUCUCCGAGUCACAAUGCAAGCCAGUAUAGCUACACUGGGAGCUCAUUCCCUCCUCCUCCACCUGGACCUCCACCAGCGCAGUCCAAUACCAACACCUCGCAUCAGGCUUAUCAGCAGGAGCAGAAGCCCUAUUUCCCACCCCCACCAGGCCAGGAAGCAUCUCACUCUAACACCCGUGGAAUUGAUGAUUACCAAUAUGAAGGCGACCGCGAACGUGGUUCUUUGAACCCCCGUCGCUUCCGAGAGGACCUGACCCAAUAUGGCAGCGCCCUUCGUGGUCAGCUCGCCGGAACAAUUCACCAAUACCAGGAUCGGCUAACCACAUAUGGCCGACCUUCCUCCUCGCAAGGCCGAGGGAACAUGUCAUGCCAGAUUGUGCGCAGCUGCGCGAAAUGGAGCAACGGCAGCCCACUUGAGCAUUCAAUUGCCGACGCAUAUUGCGCCAUCAUCCGAAACAGUGAGCACUUCGUCUACAUCGAAAACCAGUUCUUUAUCACUGCGACCGGUGAUGCGCAGCGUCCAGUGAAAAAUCAGAUUGGUGCCGCAAUUGUGGAGAGAAUUCUACGUGCUGCCCGCGCCGGUCAGAAAUAUAAGAUCGUGGUGGUCAUCCCCUCUGUUCCUUGCUUUGCAGGUGAUUUGCGAGAUGAUGAGACUCUCGGAACGCGCGCGAUCAUGGAGUUCCAGUACAACUCUAUCAACCGCGGAGGCCACAGUAUCAUGGAGCUGAUUGCCAAAGAAGGAUUUAACCCUAUGGAGUAUAUCCGUUUCUACAACCUUCGCAAUUAUGAUCGGAUUAACAACGGUAGUAUGAUGGCUGCAGCUGAACAGCAGAGUGGUGUCAACUACGAAGAUGCCCGCAGACAGUACGAUGUGAACACUGCAGGCCCUGGUGGAUAUGCUCCAAGCACUACCCGUACUGCUUUUGAUACUUCCGCACCGUUCCAGAAGUACCAGCAGGCCGCACACCAGGUGCAGGGCAGUCAUGCUUCUUCGAACCGGUGGGAUAGUGUGAGCGAGUGUUACAUGCUCGGCGGAGAGGAUAUUCGUAAAGUGCCAUGGGAUGGCCAUCCCGACGCUGAAAUUGAUGCGUUUGUUAGCGAAGAGCUUUAUGUCCACUCAAAGGUGAUGAUCGCCGACGAUCGUAUAGUUAUUUGCGGAUCUGCAAACCUGAACGACCGUUCUCAAUUGGGUGACCAUGACUCUGAGAUCGCAGUCAUCAUCGAAGACUUCACGCCCGUGGCAUCCACUAUGAAUGGUAAGCCGUGGACUGCUAGUCGUUUUGCUUCAUCUCUUCGUCGCCAGCUGUUCCGGAAGCAUCUGGGUCUUUUGCCACCACAGGAUUAUCAACGACCGGAUGCGAACUUCGAGCCCGUGGGGGUUCCCAACCAGUUCGACUUUGACUGCCCUGAGAGCAAGGUCGUCGCUGAUCCGCUUUCCGACACUGCCCAGAGUCUUUGGAAUUCGCGGGCGCACAUGAACACCGAGGUCUUCCGGAAGGUAUUCCACGCUGUUCCUGACGACUCAGUCCGCAAUUGGGCUGAAUACAAAGAGUUCUAUGAGUACUAUUUCCAUAAGACGGAGAAGAGUGCUGGGGGCAAGGAAGUAUCUAGUCCGGCGCGAUUCCAAUGGGGCCACGUUGUGCGUGAUGACUUUGCGCCUGGUGCAGAGGGGGCGAAACAGGUCAAAGAACUGCUCAGCCAAGUCAAGGGUACUCUGGUUGAGAUGCCUUUGAUGUUCUUGAUCGAGGAAGACAUCGCCAAGGAAGGAUUGACCCUGAAUGACUUGACCGAGCCACUCUAUACCUAA